UGAAAUGGAUUGUCUGGCCUUGUAAAUAUAUAACCAAGUCAAUACUUUCCCUUAUACCCAUCAAAAGAAAAGCAUUCAACAAUUUUCCUUUAGAAUAUAAAGGCCUCUUCCUUUAUUUCCCUCCCAACUUUCAGUUCUUAAAGAAGAUUAACAAGAUGAUCAGUAGCAACAAACUUCUGAAAUUGGCCAGGAAAUGGCAGAAGAUGGCUGCCAUCAGGCGAAGAAGAAUCACAUCCUCACAAAAUGUUGGAAGUACAGAUACUGCAUCAGUAGCUGAGAAAGGCCAUUUUGUUGUGUACUCUACUGAUAAAAAACGCUUCCUUCUUCCCUUGGAAUAUCUUAACAAUGAAAUCAUCAAAGAGCUCUUGAACAUGGCAGAAGAAGAGUUUGGAUUGCAAAGUGAGGGGCCACUCACACUACCAUGUGAUGCAGACCUUAUGGAAUAUGCAGUUGCUUUGCUUAGACGAAGAGCUACUAAAGAUGUGGAAAGAGCAUUGCUGGUGUUCAUAGGUACCAGUUGCUGCUCAUCUUCUUUCCAUUUCCAGCAUCAAGCCAUAAGCCAUCAACUACCAAUUUGCAGCUUCUGAAGAGUCACAAUUAGAUUUGUAAAGAUGCACAUACAAUUGUACAUUUAUAUAUUUCAUAAAAGAAUACAAAAUU